AUGGGUUUGGAAUGUGAAGGGUACGAAGACCAGUUUUUGGCAAUACUAACGGCUAUCAAAGCGGAGCACAAGAAACAUUGGAAGAAUGUUUCGAAAAAACAGCGGGAGCUUAAUAAGCUGACAUGGUCACUGGAUACCGAGGGUAGCUCUAGCAGGGAUAUGUAUGGUCCAAAUCUAGAUAGCACCAGAGUUUGUUUGUGGGAAGAACUGGUCGGAAUUCACAGUUGGUGGAACGUCCCUUGGUGUAUAGGGGGAGACUUCAAUGUCACUAGAGUCCCAAGCGAGUCUUCCGGUACUAGAAGAGGGCGGCCAGCUAUGAUAGAGUUCUCUCAGUGUAUCUCGGACUUGAAUUUGGUAGAUUUUCCACUAGCUGGGGGUUCUGCCACGUGGGCAAAUAAUAAAACUUGGUCUCGAUUGGAUCGCUUUCUUAUUUCACCUGAUUGGGAGAGUCAUUUUCCAGACGUUUGGCAAAAGCGUCUGCCUCGUAUUAGCUCGGAUCAUUGGCCUAUUUUGCUUGAUUGUGGGGGUAUCCGAGGUAAAUUGAAAGCGCUAAAAAGAGAUCUGAAGCUAUGGAAUGUGCAAUCUUUAAGUGAUCUAGGGGCAAAUAAGAAGGGUAAGUUGACGGAGGUCCAAGAAAUUGAGAGGAUCCAAGAGGCUAGGUCCCUUACCCAAGAUGAAGUAGCUCGAAAGUUGUUGUUGGGGGAGGAGCUUGAGAGAAUUAUCUUGCUAGAAGAGAUUUCGUGGCGACAAAAAUAA